AUGUCCGAACGUCCACAGCAGAAGCCCGCCCCAUCUGUGGCCGUUCAGCAAAGCGAUAACAUUGCGCACGCACUAGCGGGUGCUGGAGGAGGAGUUCUGUCGAUGGUCUUGACAUACCCCCUCAUCACCUUGUCCACCAGAGCGCAGGUGGAGUCCAAGCGUGCACACUCCACCAAUCUCGAUGCAAUUCGACGGAUCGUACAGCGAGAGGGUAUCUCUGGACUCUAUUCGGGUCUGGAGUCCGCUCUUUUCGGAAUCAGCGUCACCAACUUUGUUUACUAUUACUGGUAUGAGUGGACCCGGGCGGCCUUUGAGAAAGCAGCCGUUCAGGCGGGUCGUGCUUCCAAGAAGCUCACAACCGUGGAGUCUAUGAUCGCAGGGGCUAUCGCAGGUAGUGCCACCGUGCUAAUCACCAACCCCAUCUGGGUGAUCAAUACCCGUAUGACGGCUCGCAAGUCCGAGUCGGAGGAACAAGGUCUACCAGGAGCGCCCAAAACCAAGGCGUCGACCCUCAGUACCUUGAUGGACUUGCUACGACAGGAAGGCCCCAGGGCCCUGUUUGCUGGUGUGCUCCCAGCCUUGAUUCUGGUGAUCAACCCAAUCCUGCAAUAUACUAUCUUUGAGCAGCUGAAGAAUAUGGUUGAGCGUCGUCGUCGGAUGACUCCCAAGGACGCCUUUUACUUAGGGGCCUUGGGCAAGAUUUUGGCCACCAGUAUCACUUACCCAUACAUCACGAUCAAGAGCCGGAUGCAUGUGGCCAGCAAGGAUGGACCCAAGGAGAGUUUGAAUGGAAGUCUUAAGAGGAUCAUCCAGGAAGAAGGAUGGAAGGGCUUAUACAAGGGCAUUGGCCCUAAGGUGACCCAGAGUGCCAUCACAGCUGCCUUUCUGUUUGCCUUUAAGGACGUGUUGUAUGAUACGAUGGUAGCGAUGCGCAAGAGGGGUGCAAUUCGUAAGUAG